AUGUUUCCCUCCGCACUGAUUGAUCAAGCGAUGGUUCAAUCAUAUUAUUCUCCAGAGGACGAGGUCCGCUUCGGUCCACAACCCAAGCGAGAAACUUUGUCAAUAGCACACUCUGUUCGGAGUGACUCUCUUCAUGACAUGGUGGAUAGAAGCUCUGCUUGUGUGAGCCCUAGCAGCGAGCUAGAUAGCAAGAACCGGAACUCCACCAGGCGUCGGAUACAAGUGGCAUGUAACCGAUGUCGAAAAAGAAAGAUCAAAUGUAGUGGUGACAGUGGCAAUGGACAUGGUUGCUCCAACUGCAUCAAUUCCGGAAACAAGAAUUGUCAGUUCUUGAGGGUGAAUUCGGAAAUGAUGCAGCCGAGAGCCAGCGAAUGGUCCCAGAUCUCGGGAGCUACUACAAUGUCUCCGUCUCCAAGAUCCGGUCUGUAUGUACCGACUACGACGUCCAAGAUAGGGGAAGUGCCGACGACCUCUCCCAGUUUUCGCAUGGCCCCUUUCCCGCGGGCCUCCAGUUAUGAUCUCGGAUCAGCCGAUCCUCAUAGUGCAUACCAUCGACACCCCUUUGGAGUGGACCACGGUUUGCCCUAUCCAGACGAGGCUUCAGCGUACGCAUCUCCGUCGUCUGGGUACAUCCUGCCGAGUGCUCCACCGAACAUAUUCAUGGAUCACUGCGGACAGACAUGGAAUCCAAAAGUGUGGAAUCAAAGUGUUCAUGUUGGCAGGAGUCCCAGUGGACCGGUAUACUCAGACAGCGAUCACGAGGCCACAUUGAAUCAAUCAGCGUUUUACGUUCCUCAUUCGACAGAAGACCUACCAAUCGUCCCAACGAUGAGCUUUCCUACCGCAGAAGGGCAAGGGACGGAUCGGACGCUUCCCGAUCCCAGUCGGAAUCAAGCUCAGAUGGGGAUGAACUCCUUUACGACAACUGAAGAAACUCUCUAUGGGAUACCGUACGGGUACCGGACCAGCAACAGCUGGGCCCACAAGAGCGCCAUGUUGAACCAUGGCCGUAUGCAGAGCCCAAGCGAGGCUUACAGAAGCGGUCCUAUCAACCGGAGUAGAUCGGUGCAAGAUAUGAUGUUUGGGUACUUGCCGUCGAAUGGCAGUUCAUCGCCUCUAGUCCCUGCUGGUUCGUUUGCUCCUGCGUUGGACGCGGUUGACACGAGCGACGGGCUUCGCGAGAGCCCCAGCGAUAGCCACCAACCAUCGCGGACGUUCUCGCAUGACCACCUUUCCGACUACGGCUCUGAUACCUACGUGUAUAGCAGUAGUGAAAGGCGCGAGAAAAACCACUCUCAAAGCGACGGGGCAGGGUCGAUGCUGAUGAGCGGCCUCACGUACACGCGCCCAGUGCCGGGACAUCCCAGUCCUCCGCCGUUGGUUCACAGCCCAGCGUUUCGAACAGCCACGGAGAUACACCACCACACCGCUAUCCCGUCGCUGAACAGUUCGAGCGAGUACUAGGGACUGAGG